CUCUCCCUCAUCCUUCUCCCCGCUCACAAUGCCUCGCAAGCAGGGAGACAGUAAAGAACACAGAUGGGUGGAGAAGUCAAAUGUCAACAAGUCAGCUUCGUCGUUGUCAGCUUCAGGGAGUUCCUCAAAUGCUGGAAAGGAAGCUGCCAUGGAUAGGGUUGCAGAAGAGCUAGUUCUGCCACCAUUAGCGAUCCAGUUUGGGAGCAUUGGGGAAAUGGACUUUUUGCCUGCUUGUUCACAAAAGUCUGUACUGAAUCCCGAGGCAUAUGGAACCAUAAGUGGCGCAUCAACAGUAGGACCGAGUUCAGCUCCAGCCGAUCAAAUGAUAGUACCAGAUCAUGGAAACCAAACUGAAUCUUCUGGGGCACCUGCUGCCCUUUCUAGCAAGCUAUUUAGUGAAAAUUUACUGCAAAGCUUCACCACUGACAGCUUGACGUACUCACGAGCACAAGUUAGAGCAACUUUUUACCCUAAAUUUGAAAAUGACAAGUCUGAUCAACAGGUUAAGACAAGGAUGAUAGAGAUGGUUUCCAAAGGUUUAGCUACUAUGGAGGUUUCACUCAAGCACUCUGGCUCACUUUUCAUGUACGCCGGACAUGAGGGAGGAGCAUAUGCCAAGAAUAGCUAUGGGAAUAUUUACACUGCAGUUGGUGUUUUUGUACUUGGACGCAUGUUUUGUGAAGCUUGGGGUUCACUAGCUAGCAAGAAGCAAGCCGAGUUCAAUGAGUUUCUUGAGAGGAAUCGUAUGUGUGUGUCAAUGGAGCUGGUAACUGCUGUAUUAGGAGACCAUGGGCAACGUCCCCACAAAGAUUAUGUGGUUGUGACUGCAGUCACGGAGUUGGGUAAUGGAAAACCAAAAUUCUACUCUACCCCUGAUCUUAUAGCUUUCUGUAGGAACUGGCGUCUACCUACAAAUCAUGUGUGGUUAUUCUCAACAAGGAAAUCUGUAAUGUUAUUUUUUAAGGCUUAUGAUGACCUCAGUGAGGAAGGAACAGCCACGACUGUAUGCAAAAAACUUGAUGAAGUUGCUGAUAUAUCAAUACCUGGUAAAGUUAGAUCUAGAUUGAGAAUGCAACUUACUAAAUGUCUUUGCGGUUUUUGUAGCUCAGAACAUAUGAAGCAGGUUUUGAGAGACCAUCCUCCACUACCAACAGAAGGAGUUGACCUAGGAACUAGCCUGCGUGACAUAUGCGCUGAAAACAGAACCAAUGAAAAGCAGCAAAUCAUGGUGCUUCUUGAGAGUGUUGGUACAUCUUUCUGCCCAAACUAUAAGGACUGGUUUGGAACUGAAGCUUCUGAUAGUCAAUCAAGAUAUGCAGAUCGAUCUGUGCUUUCAAAGUUUCUGCAAUCCCGUCCAGCAGAUGUUUCUACUACCAAAUUACAGGAAACUGUUCGUCUGAUGAUAGAAAAAAACUACCCUGCUGCCUUUAAGUUUUACCGUAACUUUCAUAAAGCGGGUUCAACCACAAAUGACAGUCUUCAUUUUAAGAUGGUUAUCCAUGUCCAUCGUGAUUCAUAUUUCAGAAAGUACCAGAAAGAGAUGAGGAUCAAUCCUGGUUUGUGGCCAUUAUAUCGAGGUUUUUUCGUCGACCUGAACUUAUUCAAGGUUGAUGAGGGAAGAUCCGCAGAGUUCGCCAAAAAAGCUAGUUCCGAGAGUGAGUUAACUGGCGAAUCAACAAAGGAUGAUUUAGCAGAUGAAGAUGCAAACCUGAUGAUCAAGUUGAAGUUCCUUACAUAUAAGAUACGGACCUUUUUAAUUCGGAAUGGCUUGUCUGUUCUUUUUAAGCAAGGUGAAACUGCAUACAAAAACUACUACAUGAGGCAAAUGGAGAUAUGGAAUACUUCACUUGAAAAGCAAAGGCAGCUCAGCAAGAUGCUGGAUGCAUGGGCUGUAUAUAUUCGCAUAAUAUGUGGGCACAAACAACUGCCCUCGUCCACAUAUCUUAGUGAAGCAGAGCCAUUCCUUGAGAAAUGUGCAAUGUGCAGUUCCGAAAAUCAAGCUUUAAUUGAGGAGGGUGACCUUGAACCAGAGCGAGAUAUGACACCUUCAAGUCCAUCUCCCAUGGCUAAGGAAACCGUUGCUAAGGAUCAUGGACUUAUUGUUUUCUUUCCAGGGAUCCAUGGUUGUGGUAAAUCGGCACUCUGUAAGGAAAUAAUGAGUUCUCCUGGAAGGCUUGGUGAUGAUCGUCCAGUUAAAAGUUUGAUGGGUGAUCGUAUCAAAGAGGGAUACUGGUUUGAGGUUGAUCAAGAGCACCGCAAGGAACCGUACUCCAUUAUCCUUGCUGACAAAAAUGCUCCCAAUGAAGAAGUUUGGAGAAAGAUUGAGCGCAUGUGUCACAGCACAGGGGCACCUGGUGUUCCAGUCAUACCCGACUCAGAAGGGACUGAAUCAAAUCCGUUCUCGCUUGAUGCUCUUGCUGUUUUUAUAUUUCGAGUGCUUAACCGUGCUAAUCAUCCGAAUGCUGGUUAUGUGCUGAAGUUCUACAAUCUUUAUGAGGGCAAGGAUCGUAAGGAGUUUGAAACAGAGCUAUUCGAACGCUUUGGCUCUAUUGUGAAGAUGCCUUUAUUGGAACCCAAAAGACCUCCUCUACCCGAAAGUGUGAGAUCUAUCUUGCAGGAAGGAUUAAGGUUAUAUAAGCUUCAUUGCCGACAACAUGGAAUAUUGGAUUCCACAAAAGGCCAAUAUGCAGAGGAGUGGACCAAAUGGGAGAAGCAGUUACGUGAUACUUUGUCCGCACAUGCUGAUUAUCUCAAUUCUAUUCAGGUCCCAUUUGGCGUCGCUGUUGACAAAGUUAUCGAGCAGCUUCAAGCAAUCGCAAAGGCAGAUUAUAGCCCACCUAAGGCCAUGGUCUUUGCUGCUGUCACUCUGCCUAUUUCAAAAAUCAUUGAUAUCAUUCAUAAUUUACGUAUGAAGGAUCCGAGAGUCGAAGGUUUCCUCAAGGACAAGGAUCUGAAGAGCAGCCUCAAAAACGCCCGUUUAACUCUGGCUCAUAGAGGAAGCCAUGGUGUAACUGCUUUAGCCAGUUUUGCUCUGCAUCUCAACCAAAGCGUUCCUGUUGCUGUCAGCUCAUUACUAUUCAGCGACAAGUUGGCAGCAUUGGGAGCUGAUCCCGGAGUAGUUGAUGGAGAGAAAAUAGAUUCGAAAAACGAAUGGCCACAUGUGACUUUAUGGACUGCUCAAGGUGUUGCGGCUAAAGAAGCGAAUGAAUUGCCUCAGUUGCUUGCACAAGGAAAGGCAACUCGUGUCGAGAUCAAUCCACCCACCACCGUAACGGGAGUUGUCCAAUUCUUCUGAGUCUUUUGUGGCGUUUAAUCAAUUUUGUGCAAGUUGAGAUUAUCUUUUCGUUGCAUGAAUUCUCAAUUAGGAUACUCAUGAGUCAUGAUGAAGGUAAAGAAACUAAUGAUCCUAGUUAGAUGUGUAAUUUUUAUGAGAAACAAAAAUUUGAUCUUCUGUAAGCCAAGAUCAGCAACUACCAACAUGAAUUUAUAUUUUUGGCCUAUAGUAUUAUUUUAA